AUGGUCGAGGCGCGCGUAGGGGUCUCAAGGAUGGAGGAGCGCAACGACAUGUGCAAGCACAAGAAAUGGGAACGGGUGUUAGGGCAAUUCGCGACCGAGGAGGAGUGUUAA